CCAAGCGUUGUGGACACUCCUGCUUAUGAAAGAUUCGGUCUUCCGAAAGCGCAAGCCGCGAAGUUGAAACAACAUAUAGCAAAGACGUCGAUUCCGAUGGGUGAAGUUGCAAGAGCAGAGAAUAUAGCGGCGAUAAUCAAGUUUUUGAGUGAUAAAAAUCUGUCGAAAUGCAUCACAGGACAGUCGAUCAACGCAGACGGAGGAGCGAUGCUGAAGAUUGCAAUUGCUGAUUAUGAUUGUGACGAUAUUUUGAGAGCACUUCAUUCAUAG